AUGGCUCUAAACGCCAAUGCUGUUGAAACUCCAUUAACUUCAGAGCAAAGACGCGAACUCAUCCAAAAACUUUGGCCUCACCUGCAAAAACCGCCCUCGUCGGACAAUGAUCUGCACGGUUGGCAAGCUUACUUCCAACAUUAUUCUGAUGAAGUUAGAAGCGCAAUCGAAAGCGACGGAGGUGUGAAUACCACCGUCCGAAUGCAUGAAGACGUUAUAGCGAUAGCGAGCUCGCUUGAACAACGAGUCGCCAAACACGUGAUCAAGAAAGAGCUAUUUCUACUGGACACGCAGAACAGGAGCAGUGCCGAAAAGGAGAGGAUGGCGGAAGGUUCGAUCAAACUCGUUGUCCGGCUACUAUACAUGGUCGAUAUUGGGCCGGUCUCGCAAAAUCAUAUACCGAGUCUUACGUACGUGCCCUGGGUCGAGGAGAAAUAUGAUGUUGGGACUGUCUUGAGUCAGCAUUUCCAGAAAAGUAAAGAGGACGCCGGAAAGGUCAGAUUUGAUAGCAAGUUCUCGGCGUAUAACCUCGAACGUUUGGCUGGUGUCAAGAUUGUCUGGACUAACAACCUUGCUGAUCAUCUUCGACUCGUGGAAGAUGACACCAAGUUAUGCAUCUUCCACCAAACCACAUUUCUCAAGUCGCAAGAUGGUACGGCAAUCCCCGAAGGACUAGCGGAAGAGACUCUUCGUACCCUCGCGCUUCUGUUCCCUUCAAGAUCGAAAGACAGAGAUGCGCAAAAGUGGCUUCGGUCAAAGCUGUCUGACAAAAAGAACUCUGUCCGUCUUGACUCAGAUUUGCUCAAUAUCGCGUCUUUGAGGCUAUUGGAUCGCAAGGCUGAGAAAUUUGAGUAUUGGCGGAGCGAGUUGUUGACUCUGAAAGAGAUCUUUGACGAGCCGCGGCCCACUUCGAUGAGGCGCCUCUGGCAUGAUCGCAGGAACAAGGUUCAAUGGGCCACUUUCUGGGUGGCAAUGUUAAUCCUGGGACUGACAAUUUUCUUUGGUCUCGUUCAGAGCAUCGAGGGCGCCUUGCAGGUGGAAAAGGCGUAUCAUCCUGUGCAGUGA